AUGCCACCGAACUUCUCCCUUACCGCCUCCGAGUUCUCCUCCCUCAGCCAUCGUCUGCUUUCUCGUUCCGCGUCAGUUUCGACCCUGCCCCUCCGGCUCCUUACUUCAGCAGACCUUUAUUACAGAUAUAUUGCUGAAUGCUUUCUUCGCCCUUUGUCCUUGGGGAUUCGUCGCCGCUCCUCACUCGCGUUCCCCUUCGUGGGCGCAGUGGCCCCGGAAUGUUAUACCUCUCAAUCAUCAAGGUCCUGCGCCUCCGAGAAAGCAUUCAGUUCUCGGGCUGAUACACUCUGUACAGGAUACUUCAAUUACCCACCCAUCCCAGUUUGGGUAUCCCUGUCACUACCUAGGAGGAACGACAACCCGGUCCUCUAUAACAUCGGACUAUGCACUUACGGUUUCUACCUUACGGAGGUAGGAGAAGUGGAGCUACGAUACGAUGAUGGGUGUCUGGUACCAAGGGUGGCCAUUCGCGUAGGGAAUCGCCCUUGCAGAAAUGAAGUCCUCCUACGUCCCGUUCACAUAAUCACGUAUGCUCAACUGAAAGUAGUGCAUCUAUCAGUGACUGCUGGCUUUGUUGAUGGCAUCUACGUCCCUCUAGUGCAUCUGCCAGAAUCGACCGCGUUGUGCCGCGCUCACUUCUGGUUGCCGGACUCGGAGGUCGGUUCUCACGAGCUUCCAGACUCGCCACUGCUAGACCGGAUGUACAUCAACGCGAGAGAUGCCAUCCGGGUCCGGGUGGAGUCCGAUGAGUUUCACGACGACGAGCCCCGCCCACUCAAGGCGCACCAAGGCGUACAGCAAGGGGGAAUCACCGGCCGCAGUACACUCACGGUAUGUGGAGCCCCCGCUGCCCUCGGAGCGCACCGUACGGGCGCGACUGAUACAUUGUGA